AUGGACAUCACUCUUUCGUCAAUUAUAAGCUCCUAUAUCAGUUCGUAUGCAGAAAUUUAUCGAUUUAUCCAUCUCGUUUCCGGCUAUACUCCCUCUAUUAUUCCACCUUUAACUUAUUUCGCAGAUGCUUAUAUCAGUGAGUUCCGAAAUGGAGCCAUUUCUUUAGUAAAAUAUUUUGGCUUACAAAAAGUUGUUGUACUUUUGAGUCAAGAAAACUCAGAGAUGGAUUUUCGAGUUGCCUCUGAUAUUGAGGUAGUUUUUGAAACAAUUCUUCCACCUGGACUUUCUUAUGAAACCAUUUAUAUCAUUGUUUCUAAACAGAUUAAGCCACUUGGCAUAAAAACACUUAUUAUUGCGACUGAUGAGUAUCUUUGUAAGUUAAUCCAGCAAGCCAUUAUAGAAGCUGAGAUGGAUAAGGACGAGUAUGUCUAUAUUUUUAUCCACCAAAGUGCUUGAACUGCUUAUCUUGAAGGAGCAUUUUUAAUCGAAGAUUAUUGAUGAAUAUCUAAAAGCUCUGACUCCUCAUAUGGCGAUGGAGAGGCUUUUUUAAAUUUAUAUAAUAAAAAAUGAUUUUAGAUUUAAAAUUUGCGAAUAUUUGAAAUAAAAAUCUAAAUUUAAUUUAUAAACUGAUUCUUUGUUACAAAAGCUGCCUUAAAUUUACUAUAUUUUGAAUUUCCUUAAUUAAAUAUUAGCUUAUAAAAAACAUAUUAAAAAAAUAAAAAUAGAAUGGAAUUAAUUACCAAGAAGGAGUGAGGAGUAUGCAGCUAUAUUGAUUAAUCAUGUAACCAGUUUUUUAAUGAGUCUUAUGUAUGUAUAUCCUAUUACAGGGACGUAUUCAUUAUAUACAAUAUAUGGAUUUUUGCUAACUCCUACUCCAUUAACGAGCAAAACUAUUGGAAAAGUCCUUUUUUGGAAAAAAAACUCUAUGAGUGAGCAAAAAUGAUUUUAAUUAUAAUUAAUAUAUAAGUAAUUCUUAAAAUUCUGAAUUCUGUUGAAUUUUAACAACUUUCAUUAUAAAAUAAAAUAACGAGCAAAAUCUUUGCUCACUCAAGGAUGUGGAAAGUAAGCCAAGUCAGUCUUAAGAGAUUUUAUUUUUUCAAUAUACAAGAUAAUCAAGUUAAUUUGUUAGGAAAUAUUACUGACAGUAUUGUUAACCCAUAUGUUCCAAUUAACUUCAAAGGAGGAGUGAUUCCUGAUAAUUCAAAGAUAAAAAUCCCAAUAAGUAUUUCAGGUGGAUAUGCAAAUCCAGAUGGAUCUAUAUAUCUCUAUAAUUCAGAAUGCCAAUAUGGGUCAGUUUGUGCUGUAAAUGCUAUUAAUACAGAGUUUAAUAUUCUUGAGAAUUUUGAUCUUGUUGUUUACAAUAUAACAGAUUGUGGAGCUUCUUAUUUUGAUAGCAGUUAUGCAAGUGCAUGCUUUAAUCCCCCUUCCUUGAGAAUUUUUUUUUCAUUUAAGCAAGUAAGAUAUACGAAAGGGAUGUAAUAUAUAUAAAAUUAUGUUUAAAAUUCAGGAUGAGAUAUCAAAAUACUCUAUAGAAUAAAUAAAAAAAUUUUAUUGAAAUAAGACUUUAUUUUAUUAUUUUGACAGCUCACAUAUGGGAAAUUAGUAAACAUAUAAAUGAUUUGGGCUAUUUCCACGUCCCCUUUCAACAAAUUUCUAUGAUUGAUGGCACCAUGACUGUUUUUAAAGCCUUAAAUAUUUCAGUCCCUGUACUAGGUGUUCAAGCUUCAACAUCAUUAAAUAGUGAUUAUUAUCCUCAAUAUACAAGUGUGUCAUUUUCCAACACUUAUACAGCAAAUGCCAUUGUAUUUCUUCUUGCUUCAUAUAGAAUUAACAGAGUUUCAUUACUUCACCUUGAUACUUCUUCAGGGAACAAUUUUAAAAAUCAGUUUUUAAGCCAAGCAGAAGCGUAACUUCAUACAAAUACACCUAUUAAAGACUAUUUUUGAUUUUUCACUUUUUUUAGCCUAUCUAGGUAGGUAUUUUUGACCUCACCCAUGCUUUUUUAUUUUUUUUCUGGCUUUUUUAAUUGGCAUUAAAUAUAGCCACAAAAUUUUAAAAAAAAAUUUAAAAUGAUUAAUAAAAUUUAUGAUUAGAAAUACUAAAUUUAUAGCUAAAAAGCAAAUAAGCAAAAAAAAUAAACUAAAAAACUAUCCAAAGAGGUAUAAGAAAAAAAAUUACUCUUUUGGUGUAGGCGUUGCAUGAAGGAACGCAGAAGCGUAUAAAAUUGAAAUUUUAAAUAAAAAUCAAACAAUUCCAAGUGCUUAUAAUGGGACUGAUAAAUCCAUGCUCCAAGAGAUCAUUGAUAUAAAAUCGAGAUAUAUCAUAAUAGAAGUAACCAAUACUGAAGUGUUUUCAGUAAUAAAUGGUUUCUAUGACUUAGGAAUGAGAAAAGGAGACCUUUACUUAAUUUUUGCAGGAGGUUUUAGUGUAUCAAACUCAGAUAUCGUUGAAAGUCAGUAUAAACAACUAUUUGAAAUUGCAGACGGAUCUCUUUAUAUAACAUUUUUGUCAUUCUAUGGAUCAUAUGGAAAACAAAUUUAUUCAACAUUUGAGCAAAAGUAUGGACUCGUAUAUGAUUACAUGUGUCUAUUUUAUGAUGCAACUUAUUUACUCCCCCCCUCCGUGAGCGAACAAAUACAUUGAAAAAAUCCACCCUCCCUGAGUGAGCAAAAACGUUUUUUGAAAAAAUUUUGAUAUAUUAAUAAUUAUUAAUAUGAAAUAUCUAGAUAAUAAUAUUUAAUUUUGAAAAAAUUGCAUUUUAAAACAUAAAUCCACAAAUUAAUAAAUAUUUUGUUUCAAUUUUUACGAAUUGGAAUUUUUUUAUUUUCAAAAAAAUAUAAAUUUAAAAAAAAUAAUUCUAACUCCCCCCCCCCCCCCUCCGUGAGCGAACAAAAAAAUUUUGUUCGCUCACGGAGGGGGGUUAAUUUUUUUUUUUAAAAAAAAUUUAUAUAUAAAUUUUAUAAAAAAUAUUUUUUUCGAAAUUUAAAAAAAAUCCUAAUUUGCAAAAAUUGGGAAGCAAAUAUUAAUUUAAUUUGCAAAAUUUAUGUUUUAAAACGCAAUUUGUUUAAAAUUAAACAGAAUUAGCUCUAGAUUUCAUUAUACUAAUUAUCACUUAUAUAUCAAAAUUUUUUUCCAUUAAAAUUUUUUCUAUUAAAAAAAUUUUUGUUCACUCACGGAGGGUGGGUUUUUUGGUCAAAAAAUGGCGAUUUUUCUAAUGGUUUUGUUCGCUCACGGAGGGGGGGGGGGGGGGAGUAACUAAUUUUUUUUUGUUCGCUUACUGAGAUGGGAAGUUAGGAGCUUAUGCAAUAGAUUCAAUGAUAAGCAGAGGAUUUAAUUUAAAUAGCUCAGGGAUUGAAGAAUGGAUAAGAAAAGUCCAGUUUAAAGGGUGCUCUGGAAAUGUCCAAAUAAGCAAAAGCGGAAAUGACAGGUCUACUAUAAAGGUAGGGGUUUAUAAUUUAAAAUUAAAUAACACCAGCUGGGAUAUUAUAUUGAGCGGAGUUCAUGACCCUACAAAAGUGGUAGUUUUAGAAGCUUUAGCAGAUGUUUCAUGAUAUAUUGAAAACAAUGGGGUUCUUCCAAGUGAGAUUAUUGGGGAUGAUUUAUCUUGCCCAUUUAAGUCUGAUGAAAUUAGGUCAUUCCUUUAUGGAUACUUAAUUGUCGUUAUCAUUGGAGGCUCUUGUCUUAUUUUUGAUAUCUAUUUUCUCUAUAAAAGUUUCGACAGUACUGUUGCGAGAAAAUUUUCCCAGCUUCAGUGUAAAACUGAAGAAAAUUUAUUAGACCAUUUACAGUAUUUUAUAAUGAUAAUUGAAUGCUUGCAGUAUAUAGCUAUUGGCCCUGAUUUUAAAGAUGUAUUUCCUGACUCUUUUAAGAGCAUACAUUGCAUAUGAUGUCUCAGUCCGGGCAUGGCAUCCUGGCCGUGCAGCUUCAAGCUCAUAUUUAAUGAAAUCUGACAAGAUUUCCCAAUUUAGAAAUAGGCAGAAAUACUAGGUAAGCAAUUCCAUGCUGCUCGGAGCUCGGCCCAAUCCACUUUCAGAGUUGGAUCUUAUCUCGAGGGAAGGGGAGUUUCACAGUUGGAAAGGAGAAGCCCAGCAAGUUAUGCAGAUGAUGCCUAGACCAAUCAGGUAAAUCCCAAGGUUAAACUCCAGGCUUUGAACUUUGCUGAAAGUCGGCAAAAAAUUCCAUUUUUUAGGAUUUUUGUGCGAGCAAUCUUCGUACAACCCAUACAGCAGCCGCAGAAGUUUAUAUAAUCCCACACUUAACAAUGGAGAAAGGCAAAGAAGAGGCACAAGAAAAAGAGCAAACACUCGGAUCUCUCAUGGCAUCGGGGGUCGAAGAAUGCAGCAAGGUGGCUCAAACCCUUUUCUUGCUGUGGAAUUCAUCUAACCAAAUCCAGCUUGAUCGACAGCGUGCAAAGUGGAUGAGCUCUUAUGGGCCCUUAGUGACUACGUUGCAGAACUCUUUAAUAGUUAUUAACUCUUUUAAUAGAAUCACUAAAAUUUCAACAUUAGAUCUACGAGGCUGGAAUCAAAAAUAUGAAUGGAAAAUCUGGUACCAAAUUACCUUAAUGGAGUCUAUUUUAGGCCUUUGGCUUGUUUUCUUGGUUUUAAGUAUUUUUGAGUUCUGGAGAAAAUGGAAAAUAUCGUUAAUCAUCAUAGUCAGUGAAAUUGGAAAAAUCUGCCUUCCUAUUAUAGGAGAUAUUUUAUUUUUGCCUAUGAUUUGGUUUUUAUUACUGACUUUUCAAUGCACAGAAAGUAUCGGGGAUAAGUUUACAGAGAGUUUUCAUAAUCAAGACUGCACUGUUUUUUGCUGAAAAGAUGACCAUAUUAAAUAUGCAGUUGGGUCAGCUGCUUCAAUUUUGUUUUAUUUGCCUGCAAGCUUAUAUUAUAGACCUGCUUGAAAAGAUAAUACUGGGGAUAUGGUUUUUCACUUUAAAGAGCAGCCUUAUCAUUCAGUUAUCAAAAGCUUUAUGCAGAUUCUUUUAGUUGUUCUUAAUGUUGCAUUGCUGCCUUAUUCUGAUACUGCUUAUACAGUCUGCUUUGUUUUUAUUAUUGGAGCUUUUGGGGCGUUUACAUUAUAUAAAAAGCCUUAUAACUAUGAUAGAGCUUCUCUAUGGUAUAGCUUAUUUAUUUUUAGCUGUGUUUGGCUUUGAAUUUGCUGUGAGGUUGCAAGAUUUAAUGUGGUUUUUUCGGAGUGCAUUAUGGGGGUUGGCUGGUUUUUGCUAAUUGUUAUUGGAGUUAUUUAUCAAAAAAGAAAACUUCCUUCAUUUUUGGAGACUCCAAAAGGGCAAGAUAUUUUGAGGCUAUUUAAAUUUCAGUUAUCUAGAAGAUCGCCUUUUCAAGCUGGAAUCCAGUCUUCAGCAGUUUAUAGUUAUGUGGACAAUAGCAGUGGAGAUAUAAAAAAGAGCGACAAUAAUAGUGAAAAUUUUUCUAUAGGUUUUUUGCAUUAA